AUGGAUCUCAGAUUCCCUCGUCAGGACUCGGGACGCUUACGCUACACCAAGGACGAAGAUGCACGUGUGGAUUCUGGAUAUAACACGACUGGCCCCUCAUCACAGCAGUUGGACCGCCUCCUUGUGACAAGAAUCGCUGCGGAUCUCGUCCGAUUUCUGGACUACUCGUCUCCUGUCAACUUGAUGGAGCGCAUCAGCCUCGUCCUGCCAGUUCAGUCCUUCCUGAUCAUGAAAGUCGCCAUGUUCCUGCUCAUCGCCCAGAAACCAGCUACUCAGCAGGACCUCAAACGCUUGGCCAUCGUCAUCGUGGGACCCAACAACGUCAAUCUUCCCAUUCUCACCCGGACGAACGUCUCUGGAAAUGGGAUUCUCUACACUUUUCGACCCGUCUUCCCUGGAUUUCACUCCAUCGACAUCUUCCACAACGCCAUCCAUCCCAUCCGUGGCUGUCCCCUGAAGAUCGUAUUCUCAAGAAAUUACCGCUUUCUGACCAGCGUCCUCGACUGGGAACUUUCGGAUAAAGCACGGUACGACAGUUGCAGCCCGUGGGGACUCUGCUGUAACACUAAAACGGAACAACUCUGGAUCGGCGACCGGGUCAACCACAAACUCAUCGUCUACAAACUGGAUGGAACUGUGGACUUCUUCGUGGGAUGCCGUGGAACUGGAGCAGGAAAAUUUUUCCGACCCACCGCCCUCGCCUACGAUGUCAACUCGGAUCGGAUCUUCGUCUCGGACAAGGACAACCACCGCAUCCAGAUCUUAAACGCCAAGGAUGGCACGUUUUUGGCCACGUUUGGGAGGAAAGGAGAAUUACCCGGACAAUUUCAGAUGCCUUGGGGAGUCGCCGUCUCUCCGGAUGGAUCCAAAAUCGCCGUGGCUGACACCCGCAACCACCGGAUCCAGUUCUUCGAUGCAGCUGGGAAUUACCUUCAGGAAUUUCCAAUACCCGGACCAAGCUAUCCCCGUGGACUGGCCUUCAACCUGACGGGGGACGCUCUCUUCAUCUCGGACUUCAACCUCCACAAAGUCCACCAGCUUCGACUCAUGGAUUCAAAACUGAUCUUGCAGCCCUUCAUCCCACCCGGAAUCCUCUAUCGCCCAUCGGGAAUCAUAGUCGACGAAGCUGGCAACGUGAUCGUGGCCGACACCAAAAACAACUCCGUCCGAGUCUUCGGCCCCACCGGAAUCCUCCUCAAGACCAUUAGGACCAUUGGCCAUCCCCUCGACAGCAAGGCCGGUCUCAAGUUCCCAACCGACGUUUCAAUCGUCCCCAGAAACGGAUUCAUCGCAACCCUCGACGACAAAGGACGCGUCAGUAUUUUGGUCGUACUUAGUUUGUAG